CAUAGCAAAAGUAGACCAUCUACCUGUCGCUAAUCUUAAUCGUUUCUGAUUUGAAGCGGAUGCUCUCACGUGUAUCUACUACUAUAUUCUCAUUCUAGCUUAUAAGCUUUCAUUCAUACUAUCAUUUCUUAUUUGUUUCGCAUUUCCCCCCGCAAAAAUGCCGAAGCAUACACGUUCAUCCAGUUCAAACCAGAACCGGUACUCAAACCCUCUACCCGUGACUUUGGCGCCGUCGGCCAUGCCCGUCACUUAUAGCACGCGCCAGACCGCCAUGCCUAUGAACACAAAUUAUUACAAUGCCGUCCCGUCUUCGGCCGCGGCCCCGGUUCCUAUGGCACAGGCCUACGACCAGUAUCCCGUCCCAACUCAGCCGCCUCCUAUGCCUCACCGGCCUUCUUCCGGCGCAUGGUCGCAACAGGACGACCAUAACUUGCUCACGGCCCGGCAACAGGGUCUCAACUGGGCUCAGAUCCAGAGCACGUACUUCCCUACUAAGUCACCAAACGCCUGCCGCAAGCGCCAUGAGCGCUUGUUGGAGCGCAGGGGUGCCGAUGACUGGGACGCCAGGAAACUGGAGCGUCUCGCUAAGGAGUACAUGAGCAUGCGCAAGGAGAUUUGGCAGGGCCUAGCCGCACGGACUGGUGAUAAGUGGACUGUAGUUGAGGCAAAGUGCAUGCACAAUGGCCUGAAGAAUCUUCAGUCGGCAUCCCGUUCAGCGGCCCGUCGUGAGCGGCUAGAACAGGGUCACUCGAUUAAUGGGUAUGACGACGAUAGCGGUAUUUCCGGCAUCGGUCUGACUCCAGUAGAUGACCUCGACGCGUCGUACAGCAGCCCGGAGACGACUGCUUCGAGCGCGCAUUCGCACCACUCCGGCGGUAGCAACGGCUACGGCAUGCACCCCAUGGCAAUUCCCUACGGCUCUGCUGCUGGCUAUUCGUCGAGCUACAGCUCAUCCGUCUCGUCAGCAGCCCACGGGUAUGCUAUGCACGGCCAUCCACAUCACCACUCGCAAGAUAGCUCACCUUAUAUGGGCAACGGCCAGCGCCUGCCUAGCGUCGACAUGGGCAUCGAGGCCAUCAUUAACCGACCUGGCCACGGCCACAACAACGGUGCCCCUAGCAUUUGACAACAUGUUGACACUCAUCGAAAUACGGCGACACUUUACUAUAAUUUUUCCUCGCAUUUUUCCCAUUUUCAUUCUCCAUCUUUUCAUUAUGGACUCUUCGGCUCGUUCUACAGAGUCUCUUGAUACCUUUUUUCUAAUCCUUCUGGGGACACGACGAAAUGACGAAAAACCUGCGUGUGGAAAGACGGGAUUAAAGGGUAUUUAUUUUUGAUGUAACCAUUUCUUCUCUCACACAGGAGUUGUUUGAUUUCUGGCAUCUAGGGGGCCUUAGGCUGCAUUCCUCUCCUUUUUCUUCUCUACCUACUUUCAGUCAUGGGGAUACCUAGAGGGGCAAAGCAAACAAACAACGGAAGCGGCACAAGAAUUGGAGCAGCACGCAU